CUGAUAGCGCUCUUCAUAUUAUUUACGCCCACUGUCAGAAUCCUCUCCGCACAUAAGAGGAUUCAGUCGGCAAAAAUGCAUCGUUUAUUAACAAUCAUGGUUGCUAUUCUUUACAGUUUGGUAAUCCAAGAAUCAAAUGGUGCGAUCAAAACCUGGAUGCCCAGCACUAACUAUUGGGAUGUGAAGAACUGGGAUGUAAAGCGCAUUCCAUGCAGGAACGACCGCGUGAUUUUCCCUCAGGACUCUGCUGCUGCGGUUGCACUCCAUCCCGGCGCCACCAACCUCAGGGAGAUGGUGCUUCCGCUCACAGGAGAAGUUCUUUUGGCGUCAAAUGGAGACCUCAAUGUUGUCGGACAGCAGGACAAUCUUGGGGGUUGCGAAGGAGAAGAAGUUGAAUUUACCGGUGGCGAAACACGUUACUGGCUCGAUCCAGCAAACUGGAAUGGACCUAGUGGAGAACCACUCAAAGGUGGCGAAAAUUCUCCUAUUCCUCACAGCGAGAGGGUCCCAUGCGAAACUGAUCAGGUCGUGCUCAUGAACGGCGGACUGUUUCAAAUUCAGUUGCCGGAAGUGCCCAUCAAGGUUGGCGAAUUAAACAUUGAGGGACAGGACGUUUCCCAAGAGCGGCUUCGAAACAUGAUUUUGGACGACACCGGCUACCACGUUUUCAAAGGCGACGCUUCCCAGUUGGAAAUCACACACGAGCUGUGCCAAGACCCUAAAGGAUGUAUCUGUAAUGCAGAUCUAGACCCUUUGACCUUAGAACGCAUCUGCUCCUUUGAAAAAAUGCGCUGCACCACCGCACCCUGCGAAGAUCCGAUUACGCCAAAAGGGUUUUGCUGCCCGAUUUGUGGUGCCGCCAUCCGUGUCUUGUUUAAGGGCAGCUGGUCGAGAAUGAAGCAGAUGAUCGAGAGUAUGGUCGAGUAUAAUCAGAAGCAGGGCGAAUAUCCUGUUCUCUAUCACAUUAGCAGAAUCGACAAAAACGAGUUGCAAAUCGUCUUGAGAGAUUCUCAAACGUACGUCAGUUCGAGCGUGGUUUUGGCGCAGGCUCUACAGGAGCAGUUUGAAACUGUGAGCUUUGAAAGUACUCCUUACGCGAAAGCCACAUAUUCAGGCGAUCCCAUAACGUCGUGGGGCUCCGCUGGAUCCAUCGUGUUCAAAAUACUCUUCAUUUCUGCAAUUUUCGUGGUAACCGCUCUCACAGUCAACUGCGUUGCAAACCAGUCAGGUAGGGGGAUUCCUGUAGAAUUGAUUCAACCCUCGUUUCUUUUUGCGAGAUUUGAAAACACAGCCGCUGACGGAGAAGUGGAAAUCGCUCAGAAAUCAUCGUUUCAAAAUCCUUUGUUCAGUUUAGUUGGACAGGACUCAACAAGAUCACUUGAAAAGGUCACUUUGAGAGAGCUUGAAGAAUUAGAUAAUCUUUCAGACGAAAUGUCUUCGCAGACCACUGAUGGUACUUUCAGCUUAGAGGAAUAGGUUGAGAUCUAAAUCUUUGAUAUCUAGCCAAAAUAUUUGAGACAUGGUAAACUCAUUUACACCAAAUAAAAAUAUGUUACGC